UUUCAGGAAAAUAAAUAAAUAAAUACAACUGAGAUGUGAGAAUCUUGACAAGGUCAAAGACUCAAAAUGUCUGCCACUUGCAAAAUGUCCAAAUAUAAAAGGGAUUGGGCACAUCUAACGGUGAAUCAUGUGAUAUGCCUAUGCAAGCUACUAUAUAUUUAUUCAGCAGCGCUCCCGUUUCUCAGAGCAAAGAAAACCACCGGAUUAUUUCAAAGAUUCAAUCAAUCAGCUAUGGAGAAGACAUCAAAAGAAUCUAACAGUAGAUUCAGAGUUUUGAUGUUUCCAUGGCUAGCUCAUGGCCACAUAUCUCCCUUCUUGGAACUAUCCAAGAGACUCGCCAAAAAUAACUUCCAGAUUUACUUUUGUUCCACUGAGAUCAAUCUGAGUUUCAUCAAGAAAGAUAGAAACUUGGAGGAGUACUUCUCUAAUCAAUCAAUGAAAUUAGUACAACUUGAUUUGCCACACUUCCCUGAACUUCCACGGCACUAUCACACGACAAAAAACCUCCCAUCCCAUCUCAACCAGACCCUCCAUCAUGCUUUUAAUUUGGGAAAGACCAACUUCCAAAACAUCCUUAACACUUUGAAACCUGAUUUACUAAUCUACGAUAUGUUCCAACCAUGGGCCUCAGAACUAGCUUCACUGAUUCAUGUUCCAUCUGUUCUUUUCUUAGUCACUGGAGCAGCUUCUUGGUCUUGGGUGUACUUUCAUCAUCUGGCCUUCAAUAAAGGAUUCCCCGGUGUCAAUGAGACUUCUUACCCUUUUCCGGCAAUUUUUCUGCGGGAUUAUGAAAUAAAGAAGAUGGCUGCAGUUGUCGAAGAAUUCAAGAAAAAAAUCCCCGAAGAAGCACUACUUGACUUAUCUCCAACUAAGUCCUUUGAAGUAUCUUCAGACAUUGUUUUGAUGAAAAGCAGGAGAGAGAUUGAGGGAAAAUACAUUGAUCAUUUGUCUUCCUGCUGUAAGAGGAAGAUGAUAGCUGUAGGUCCUCUUGCUGAGCUAAAACAUGAUGAUGCCAAGGAGGGGGAGUUGGAGGAGGCCGAUUCCCAUCUCAUCGAAUUUCUGAAUGGUAGAGAUGAAUCAUCAGUGGUUUAUUUUUCUUUUGGGAGCGAAACCUUUUUGUCCAGGGAAGAAAGGGAAGAAAUGGCAUACGGUCUGGAGCUGAGUAAUGCUAACUUUAUAUGGGUAGUUAGAUUUCCCGUGGGACAUGCCAUUGCCCUUGAGGAAGCUCUACCACAAGGGUUUCUGGAGAGGGUGAAAGAGAGAGGAGUGGUGCUGGAUGGAUGGGCACCACAGGCUAAAAUUCUUGAGCAUCCAAGUACGGGUGGAUUUGUGAGUCAUUGUGGAUGGAGUUCUUUUAUCGAAAGCAUAUAUUAUGGGGUACCAUUGUUAGCCUUGCCCAUGCUUUAUGAUCAGCCAUGGAAUGCUAGGCUUGCAGUAGAGAUUGGUGUUGGCACUGAGAUUCUGAAGGAUGAAAAUGGGCAGAUCAAGAGGGAAGAGGUUGCUAAAGUCAUAAAACAGGUAGUUGUAGAGAAGAAAGAGCUAGGAGAAUUAUUGAUACAGAAUGCUAAAGAAUUGAGUCACAAGUUCAGAGAAGGAGGAGAAGAAGAGUUGCAUGAAGCAGUAGAUAAGCUCAGGAGUUUAUGCAGCAAGAACAAGUGGCAAGAAUAGUGAAUCCAAGGAAUCCCAUUUUAUGUAUCUUAAUGUUUAUGAUGAGACAUUCUGUGGAUGUAAUAAAGAUUAUUGACACUAAUGUGUAGAUAAUGUACUCCAGAGGAAAAUGACUGUCAUGGUCCUGAAAUUUCAUGAAGUUAUUGUUAGAAUUAUUUUCUAA